UGGUUCCUACAAGUACUCCAUAGUUAGCUCCUGGAUCCUUCUUCCUCUUCCCCUCACCUUAUCAUUCACUUAGUACUAUUACUCCAACUGAAUCAAUCAUGGCCCUCCCUUCCAACGUCCACGUCUCUUCCCAUCCCCUCCUCCAAGCCAAGCUAUCACAGCUCCGGUCCGCAUCCACCUCGACCCGCGAGACCCGCAGUCUGGUGCACGAGAUAGCCACUAUCUUGGGCGUGGAAGCAUUUGCAGCAGGAUGGAAGGUGAAGAAAGCAGGAAUGGACACCACUCCGUUAGGCACCGAAUACGUCACUCACGACAUUGAUCCCUCGGACAUUGCUUUGGUGCCUAUUCUCCGGUCUGGGUUGGGCAUGAUAGAGGCAAUAAACAACCUCCUCCCCACCUCCAUUCCAAUCUACCACCUCGGUCUCUUCCGCGAACGUCUCACCCUCCAACCCGUCGAGUACUACAACAACCUCCCCUUCCAGCCCGACAGUUCUAGCACCAACACCGCCGCUGCUGCAACAGCCAUCCUACUCGAUCCUGUCAUUGCAACGGGUGCUACCGCAGAAGCAGCGAUCCAGUUACUCCGUGAAUGGGGCGUGCAGAGAGUCGUCAUGUUGAGUGUGCUGGGUUCGGAAGCGGGCGUGCUUCGCGCAGCGGGGACCUGGCCUGAGGGCGUCGAGGUGUGGACUGGGGCGGUGGAUGCGAGGUGUGAUGAGCGGGGGAUGAUUGUGCCCGGGUUGGGGGAUAUUGGGGAUAGAUUGUUUGUUGCGAUGGGGAAGUAGAUGCUAGCUGGGGAGCGCUGAGCAGCAGGAUACUUAUACUAACUAGGUUGUGAAGCGCUUCACGCUUCACAGGUCUACUUUACUUCUUAGGGUAUGUAGUGGGAAAAGAGAUGGAUAGAUAGCCAGCAGUAGGUAAAUAGACAUGAAUGAUCCGAUCAACCACCCGGUUAAUAGAUCAAUAGAUGAAAGAUAAGAAAAUUCA